CAUUCUCGCGGCGGCCCCUGUCCCCACCCGCUGCAGGGCCUCGGGAGGUAGAGGCUUGGCCCGCCGUCUAAAGUGCCUCUUUCUGCCCCCAGGGCUGUCCAACCCAUUCCGGGGUCUCAUGAAGCUGGGCACCGUGGAGCGGCGGGGGGCGAUGGGCAUCUGGAAGGAACUCUUCUGCGAGCUCUCCCCUCUGGAGUUCCGCCUCUACCUGAACACCGAGGAACGCACCUGCGUGGAGAACUGCUCCCUGCUGCGCUGCGAGGCCGUGGGGCCAGCCCACGGCGACGGCCGCUUCGAGCUGGUCUUCUCUGGCAGGAAGCUGGCCCUGCGGGCCUCCUCCCAGGACGAAGCCGAGGACUGGCUGGACCGGGUGCGGGAGGCCCUACAGAAGUGCCGGCCCCAGCAGGAGGAUGAGUGGGUGAACAUCCAGUACCCGGAGCAGCCCGAGGACCCCCCAGACGCCCCCCAGUGUGGCCUCCCCUCCCACCCGGACCCACCCACUGAGCCCGAGACUCUCCAGGGCACGCAGUUCUGUUGGUCCUCUGCCCAAGUUCCCGAGCCAGACGCUAUUAAAGAAUCCCUUCUGUACCUGUACACGGACAGGACCUGGAUGCCCUAUAUUUUUUCCCUAUCCUUGGAGUCUCUGAAAUGCUUCCGAGUGAGAAACAACGAGAAAAUGUUAAGUGACAGCCACGGAGUUGAGACCAUCCGAGACAUCCUGCCAGACACGAGCCUCGGGGGCCCAUCCUUCUUCAAAAUCAUCACGGCCAAGGCCGUCCUGAAGCUGCAGGCCGGGAAUGCUGAGGAGGCCGCCCUGUGGAGGGAGCUGGUGCGCAAGGUCCUGGCGUCCUACUUGGAGACGGCCGAGGAGGCGGUGACACUGGGCGGGAGUCUGGACGAAAACUGUCAGGAGGUGCUGAAGUUCGCCACGCGGGAGAACGGCUUCCUGCUGCGGUACCUCGUGGCCAUCCCCACGGAGAAAGGCCUCGACUCCCAGGGCUGCUUCUGUGCAGGUGCCCCCUUGCUGUCCCGCCACCCCCAGCCUGCCCGCCUCACUCUGCCUCGGGUGGGGCUCCCGAUUUAGGCUCUCUG